AUGGAGCAGAAAGAGCUUCACAGUUUGGUGAUCACAGCGCGCAGCGGGCGCUUGUCCCGCGACCGUGCUCGAGAUGUGGAGGCUGAGCGUGAGGAGGCCAAGAGGGCGGCACUCGCUGCGCUCAAGGCCGAGGAGGCGGCCUUCCUGGAGGCGGAGGCUGCAUGCCCCACGCUCCCCUCGCAGCCUGCUGCGGCCCCGCACGGCCCGUGGGCGGCUGCUGCUGCUGGCCUCGGUGCUGCCCCUGCGGGACCUGGAGCACAGCGGGCGGCCCCCAGCACACCUGUGGGAGGCAUGGCUACACCCGUCCUGGGGGAGGACCCUGCUGGGCUGGACGGCGCGCCGCCCGAGACUGCGGCUGCCAUCGCCCACCUGCGGGAGUCGCUCUUCGCCGAGGUGCGCUCUAGCCAGGAGCGCCUCUUGCAGAACAUGGACAAGAGCCUGGGCGGCAUCCAGCGGGCGCUGGAGCGCCGCACGGCGCUCCUUGAGAGCAGGCAGGGGAAGGUCGAGCGCGUUCAGCAGCAGCAGGAGGAGGACAUCAAGAGGCUCGAGGACGAGAUGCGGAGGCGCCAGAAGGAGACGGACAAAAUCAUGGCGAAGCACUCUGCUGACCUGGCGCAGCUGCAGCGGGAGCUCGGCGUGGUCGCUGCAGGUGUGCCCCCCCCGCCUGAGACGGGGCCUGCCUGGAGCCGUGCGAUCGACCGCGCGGUCAUGGUCGUCACCUCCAAGGCCCCGCUCAUGCGUGCGGCGGUGGAGCGUGCCAUGGUUGAGGGCGACGACUUGGGCCAGCGCUUCGUGGUCAGGAUGGAGGGUGACGUGGGCCUGGCAGAGCGCAGGGUGCGCAAGUUGGUGGCCACGCUACGCGGUGGAGGCCCUGGCGGCACCUGGCGUCAAGUUGCGGCCUCGACUCCGACUGGCCACACUUCGCCGCUGUCCCUCAGCAAGGACAAGAACUCGCGCCAGGUGUCCUACGAGAUUACGCUCAAGAAGAUGCGGCGUGCGCUCGAGGAGGGUCUCUCGAAGCGCAUCUUCGUCGAUCCUGUUGGUCCAGACCAGAUGAAAGGCACCCUCUCCAUGGCUUGGCAGCCCCUUGUCAAGAUCGCGAUCGAGGGCCCAGUCGAGUUGAUGAAGGUGGCGCUGCGGGAGCUGGUCUUGGGCACGGGCAUGAUGAUCCUGUCGGUCCGCGUGCUGCUGCGGCUGACUUCGCAUCCGCUCGGGCCCGCCCCGAUCCCCCGGGACAUUGUGAACUCCCCCAUGUUCAAGGAGAAGCUGGCCCAAUACGUGGAGGUGUUGGACCUGUCGUCGCGUGCCCCGCCCGACAUGCGCCGGGUGCACGUGCGCGCCAUGCAGGCGGCUGCGGCAGAGACGCGCGAUGCGCAGUUGCAGGGCAUGGCAUGGUCGAAGCGGUGCACGGCGCUGAUCUUCAGACAAGUGGCAAGGGUGGUGGCGCGCCAACACGUCUCGCUGGCGGAGAGGCUCCUCGUUCGCCACACCUGGCAGGAUGAGCUGAUGGCCGUUGAUGUGAUGAAGGGAGUGGUGAUACUGAAGGACCACGCGGAGUUCCUCGGGCGCUUUGUCCUGGCGCAGCGGCGCGUGGCCAGGGCCAGGCGUGCCGAGCUUCAGGCGGAGCUCGAAGCAGAUGAGGAACAGCUUCGAGUUUCUGAUCGCCGUCGGCUCCUUGGACAGCGCCGAGCCCUGGAACGUCGUGCUGCUCUCUGGUCGGUUCUCCCGCGGCGGCACCUUGCGGCCGUGGAAGCCCCUGGCGGCAGGCUGCUCACCUCGCCCGCCGAGAUCCACGAGGCGCUGGCGAACCACUGGGGCGAGGUCUUCUGCCCCCCCGCACGUGCAGCGCGCCUGGCUGCGGAGGGCGACGCCUCGGAGCGCUGCCGACGCGAGCGUGACUCCAAGGCCUUCAUCGCGAAGUACGGCAUGAAGGAGGCCAUCGCCUCUGCGGUGAACUUCAAGCUGAAGAGCAUGAUCGACCGUGGCGCCUCGAAGGCGCAGCGAGGCUUGAUCACGGGGCGGAACUUCCUGGAGAACCUGGUGGAGCUCGACGCCAUGUCCCGCGUCGCCCCCAUGUGCGCGUUGGAGCAAGCUCGAGGCUGGGAGGAGCCGAACCUCCUGAGCUUCGACUUCGCUCACGCCUUCCCGUCGCUCCUCCAUGACUGGAUGCGGCGGGUGUUGGAGGCGUGGACGGUGCCGCUCGGCCUGGAGCACCUGCUGAAGGAGUCCUACGCCAACGUCGAGGUCGUGGAGGCGGGGCCCUGCCACUGGGUCCUCUUCGUCAUCCAGUGCGGGAUCUUGCAGGGUGACCCGCUCUCGGGGACGAUGUUCGUGAUCGGUGCGCAGCCCUUCGUGGAGGCGCACAUGCAGCAGCUGGAGGCCAAGGCCCUUGGCCUGACUCGCUGGCGUGCUGAUGACAUCCAGGCCCUGAUCUUCUGCAGGCGGGGGCUCCGCACACUGGCAAGGAUCUUCCGCCUCGCGGAGCGCCUCGCUGGCCUCCAGCUUCAGCCCAAGAAGUGCGCGGCCGUCCCGCUUUGGGCUCCGUUCUCGACGGAGGUGGAGGACGCGAUGGGGAAGUGCCUGGACGAGGCCUGCGGGUGGGGCUCCUUCGCCGUGGCCUCGUCGGUGGAGCUGCUGGGAUGCUGGGUGGGCCCUGGUGCAUCGCUGGCGGCCCAGUGGGCUGCGCCACUCGCGCGCCCUCGUGAACGGGUCCUGGCACUGGCGGCAUCUCCGCUGGACAUGACGGCCGCCUCCUUCGAGCACGGACGUCGAUGCCAGCCCGUCCUGGCCUACAAGGCGCAGCUCUGGCCGAUGCCGACGGAGCUGAUUGACGAUGAGCGCUUCCUGCUGCGCGGGCUUGCGAGGUGCUCGGGAAGCUUGUUCAAGAAGAACACGUUCUACGACUUGGAGACGCUGGGGGGUCCAAGAUGCGCGCCCACGUCGGACCUCCUGGCGGCGUCGCUCACGCGCUCGGCCCUCUCGACGCUGGGGACAUGGCGUCGGGCCGCUGCGCACCUGAGUGAGGUGCCCCCUCGCAGGCUGCCGAUGGCGCGAUGCACGUCAGGGCUGCGCGUCAAGCUGUGGACCUCCCUGCUGGAGGCAAUUCGGCCCGACGGGCCCGUAGAGUGGCUAGGUAAGGGCCUUAAGCAGCUCGGGAUCACCGACGCCACGGCCCCAGCGGUAAGGCCCGCGCACUUCGACGAUGAGCAGCGGGAGUCGUCUCAGUUGUGGAAGAAGGUUCGCAAGGAUGGCUGCAUGUUCCCGCGGCAGCAGGCCAAAGCCCAUGGGCAGAAGGAGGCGUGGGAGGAGCUGCAAGGGGACCGAGUGCAUGGGAAGAUGCAGUGGAUCGCAGACCGCGUCUACCUGCAGGGCCCUUGGCGCCACCAUCCACAUGUAAGUUCAAUCAGCAAGUUGGUCAGCAAGAUGCACGAGGACGAGGAAUGGUUCCCAGGCGAAGUGCGCAUGGGCCCGGGUGGUGGUUCGUCAGCUCUGGGUGAGACGGACAAAGCGGCCAUCGCCUCCAGCGCGAUAGCCAUGAGCGCGGGGUUGAGCCUACGCAUGGGUGGGAACAUCGCACAUGAGUCCGAGCAGGCUCUGCGCGAGCACAAUUUCAAGGCUUUCCGCGGCGACGACGCAAGUGUCCAGCCAGGGCAGUCCGGGGACCUCUGGCCACACGAGACUGCCGUGUCGUGGGUGAGGGAGAGGUUGCGGCUCACCCUUCCGACGGAGCCUUGGACUGAAACGGGGGAGGAUCCCGAGGGGCGAUUCAAGGCGGCGGCCACGUGGGUCAACGCCCAGCACGACGUCGACGGCUCGCGCAGGACCGAGCACUGCGUCGCCGUUGACGUCUUCAACGCCUCCAACGUGUGCAACCUCUACGCGAGCCCCUGCCUGGCGCCGGCCGCGGACUGGGACCAGGCAUCAUCCUGGCAGAUAGCAAGAUACUGUUCGGUACCGAACGGGUCGCAAGGCUAUAUCAUUGGUGGACAGUGCAAUACCAACAUCGAGCCUCCGAGCUGGCUGCUGCUAGUAAAGCGGGGUAUUUGGAUGAUGCUGUUAUCACCUGCGAGCUGGGUGGUAUCCCUCUUCGUGGCGCUCGUGUACGCCUACGUGUCCUCGGUCUGGUUCCGGAGGAUCGUCCAGAUGUGCAAGGACUCGAACCUGGGCGGGUGCUGCACGAGGGCGUGCGGGCGGGCGGCGUGCUCCGUGGCCUUGCAGGCGUUGAUGGUGUUCAUGGGAUGGGCCCUGCUGUCCAGCUGCUACUUCGGAUGGCCCGUGCUGCUGCAUCCUCUGGCGGCGCCCCCGCUGGUCAGCCCGGUUGCGGGCGUGUGGCUGCCGGCCUGGCCGGCGUCGCAGUGGGCCCUUAACCUCGCGGGCCUCCUGGCGCUCUGCCUCGUCGUCCCGCCAGUGCGGCGCAGGAUACUCGAGGACGUCAUCCCGCAGAUCCUCGUGCUCAUUGUCGCGUGGGCCGCGGCAUCGUCUUGGCUGUUCGGCUGGCCCGACUUCUACAGCUGGCCUCCCCAGCCGCCCCCGACCAAG